CCGUUACAAUCCACCGUGGCACUUCAGAGACACCCCAUUGGGUCGCUUCGUUCCCCCCAAUAUGCCUGGCACCUCGACCCACACCGUGCCACUAGCUGCCAGGCUCGCCUCAUGCAGGCUGCAAAGCAGACUGAACGGUGCUGGCAGCUAGCUUGCGAGGCAGGACAGGGUGGCCCGGGCAGGGAGGCUUUAUGGCGUUCUCCGAUAUGGACGCGGCAAUGCUAUUAUAUCCCCAUGCUGUAGGUUAUGUUAGCAAGCUAGAGCCUUCAAAUUUUGUCCAAGCACACCCUCACCAGAUCGCUACCGAGAUGGUAAUGAACGCUGAGUUUUGUCAGCUGGCUUGCUUGGACCCGAGCUCUGACAAUUCUGCAUUGGUCAGCAUUGUCGAGCAACUCCAGCAAGCUGUGUCUGCUCGACUUGCGCAUCAGUUGCACCAGGCCCAGCUUGUACACACUGCACAGCAUAGCACUGGUUUCAUUACGCCGGUAAAGGCUCCGACUGCGGGAGCUUCUCCGUUUGGGGGACUACAGGCUGAAGUGCAAUCUGAGGUCGAUGCAGGAGGUGACACUGUUGUCUUGCCAGGGGCCCCUGCCAAUACUGGAAAAAAGACCAGAACGAACUGGUCGGUGUAUGAAGGUGACAUGCUGAAUGCUCAGAUGAAGAUACACGAGGACAUGCUGCUGGAUCCGAGCACGGGCAUCAAGUAUAGAACAAUGAGCGGCGCAGAGAGAUUCACCAUGAUCAGCGAGCGCUUAUCUCAGUUGAAUCCACCAGUGCACCGCACAAUCAGCCAGAUUGAAGACAAGUGGGAUAGAAUGACGAGCGACUUCAAGAAGGUGUACGACUGGGACAAGCAGCCUCCAAGUGGGAAGCCCUCGUAUUGGAACAUGACACAGGAUAUGAAGAAGGACCAGAAGAUGCCCCCAGCUUUCCCCAAAGCUCUCUUUGACAGCAUGCUGUGGAUGAAGCAGAGAACCAGUGUCGAGCCCCCUUUCGUGUACGACAGUGGCCGGGCUCAUCAGACUGCAACUCCAGAGGGCGAGGACGAAGACGACAGCGAUAAAGAGACCCCUACAGCACCUUCAGACAGUUCAGGAAUCAUGAGGGGAGGCGCUCGUGGGCAAAGCGCAGGUGAAAACCAGCGUGUGAAAGGUUUGAAGCGGGACAGAUCUGCAGCUGGUUUGAGUGACACUUUGAGAGCGAAUAACGCUGACACGAAUAGUAUGCUUAGAGAUUGUGAGCAGCUGAAAGAUGCUCGUCACAAAGAGAUGAAAGCUUUGAAAGAGAGGGAGCUAAAGCUAGAGGAAGAGAAGUUGAAGGUGGUUGAGAAGGGCGCGGUGACGGCGGCCCAAACGGGUCAAGGUUUGAUAGCAGCUUUGGGGGACUUGGCCAAAGCCGUUAUUGUUUUGGCCAAUAAGUAGGUAGUCCAGAAGUGGAGGUAGAGUAAUAAUGAUGAUUUUAUUCGAUAUUAUUUCCUGCAUUCUCCUCUGGACCCUAUCAGCAACUAUUAACUCAUGGUUUUGAGACAAAUUAUCAUUGGCUAAGAUAACCACUACUGAGAUCAUUGUCAGCUGGAUAAUAAUCUAUGAUCCCGAUGAAAGAUGCAAG